UCGACCAUGUUCGGGAUUAUGCACGCAGCAAGCUCGAGGGACGUUGGGGCACUACACGAAACGAAACGUUUCUGAUCACAUCACAGACGGUAUAAGAGUUCUCGAAAGCACAUACACCAACGAAAGAAGCAGCGAAGCCGUGCAGGAGUCAAAGGAACUGUAUGGUCGGUGUCCCCUAUGCAACGCUACCCCAGCCUCAGUCCCGAAACCACCAAAAGAAACUGCAAAGGACCAUGUGCACGCCACAGCACCGGAAGAUCGCGAUAGGCUGAGACACAGUUGUGGUGCAGGUGUGGCAAAAGGAAAAACGGGGAACAUUGUUGGUUCAACAUGCAAUCGCUAUACCGGCGCCGUAUCCUCGAAUGUUCCGGAAAGACCCAUAGAAGACACCAGGGUAACCAACCCUCACGACGCGCAAGGCUCUGGAAGUGGUUCUUUUGAAACUGUGCGAGACCUCUAUGUGAGACCGACAGCGAAUGACGAAUGCCGCUCUUUGUCGCCAUUACACGCUGACGACAGCGAUUCAGAUACUUCUGACGAAAUUAGUUACGGAGUAUGUAGUUUUCAACCGGCGUCCGGUGACAUUUCCGAAGGCAUGCAAAGGCGAAAGAGAAAGGUGCCUCUGAGCCAACUACUGCGGCGUGUAUUACGGUCUAACCACAAAGGUGAGGAGUGUGCUAUAGGCGACUCGACGUCUCUAAAAGCAUUCACGUACCAAAGAGACAUGAUGAGGGAAAGCAGCUUUCACAAAGGAAAUGAAUGGCCACGAACAUCUAAAACAGCCCUCGCUUCCAAUGACCAGAGGAACGGCUUCAUCCAGACCCUACAGGAUAACGCAUGCACAUAUACAGGGGCCACGAGCGGGAGUGCCACAUUGGACGAGAGUGUCAAUAAACAGAAGACUAAUCCCGCCGGAGGGACGUUACAGCCUUCGUCAAACCCUUGCACGAAUUCCGGAACGCGUUUGAACAACACUACUUCACUAGGCCUUGCGUGUAUCUCCUCUGGAACGUUUGAAGUCAACCCAGAGACCGCAGAACCAUUUCAACAAGCUUCUACCACGGUUUCGAACAGUCGUGAUAAACUGGAACCAUUCAAGCCAGAAACCGCAGACGUGCAGCUAUCACCCAAUGUUGAUCAACGUCAUCCUCGAGUACGCGCCAUCGUGAACUAUAAGUUUAUUUUCUGUGUCAUAGCCCUUCUAGUAUCCAUUGCAUUCCUUCUGUGCAUACAUCUCGUGGACAUCCCCGAAGAUUCAACAUCUAUCUCAAAGACAAAGCUGGAAAUUAGAGUACACAAUGGUACCCCAGAGACAUCGGGCAACAAAACAAUGGAGUCGCUGCAAAGGCGCAAGGAAGGAUACGAAUUGUGCACUGCGGCACUAUGUCGCCGUGAUGGAUUUUACCUCAAAGCACUCUUCUCCUGGAAUACAGAUCCAUGCGAUAACUUUUAUAGGUUCGUUUGCGGUCGCUGGAAGAGCACUGUCGCCGCACAUAAACACGGAAACGACACUUCCGUUGCGGCACACGAGGAUUCAAUCCACAUACUCGAGGAGAGGAUGAAAGUCAUAGUUCGUCGGACUAAUAGCCUGGAAGAAUUGUUUCCACUGCGGGACGUCUUCAACGAAUGUAUGGAUACGAAAAAGCUUGAAGAUGAAAACUGGAAUCCCAUGCUUGAGUUGCUUUGGCAGGUAGCCCUGGAUGGUUUUCCGUUUUCUUCCACGACCAGGAAUCAGACCUCACUCUGGACUGUCUCAGCAGUCACUCUCAGGAUGACUGGCGUUGAAACGUUGUUCAGUGUACGUAAGAUGAGGGACUCUUCAGGCAAGGAAGAAAUGCUGCUCCUUGGGCCUCCUGCCGUUCUUUCUUCGAAUGCUGGCAACCGAGAAGCAACAUUGAGGUUCUACAGUUCUAGCGCUUACGCUGCUUUCACCGCACUAAAGAAGAAUGCAAACCCGUGGGAUUGUUCCCAAGAAGUGGCUGGUUUUGCGUCGGAACUCGAAGGCCUCGCUUACAACAACACUGUCCUUACGGCGUCUCAUUCACAUCGCAUAGAUACGUUGAUGCACCAUCCACACCUACAUUCCUUUCUGAGAGGGAUAUUUACCGGCAGCCCUUCUGCAGACUCUGUCGGACACAAUUCCAAGUUUGCCGUCGAAUCUUCAGAAUUCGUAAACGGACUGUUAUCGCUGGUGCGUAGGACGGAAAGACAUAUUGCGCUAAAUUACGUAGGUGUUCGCUUGAUGGUGGAAAUGUCUGCAUUCGUCCCAUCUUCUGGACUGCAACUCACUCACAGCUUGAUCCAUAGUAUGUAUAAAAGGAAACGAGCCUGGCUACCGAGAUGGAAGCUUUGCUUGAGAGUCGCGGAAAAAGCGAUACCGAUGCUCUUUUUGCAUGCAAGCCGACUCGUUCAUCAAUCGCACUUUAUCAUUGAUUCUGUUCAGCAUCACAUCGCCGCAAUGUCUGAAGAACUGGCUUCCUCUCUGGACAAAGUAGCAGUUUUUGACAAGUUAUCGAUGCUUCAGGCGAAGAAAAUACUCAAUCAAUCUCGAAUCGCAAUAUUUUAUCCCCGAUGGAUAGAGAACAAAGAAAGGAUACUUAAACUCGUCUCGGCAGUUCCUAAAGUCAACCGAGGUCAAGGACUGCUAUCUUUCUACACACUGCGCGGUCAUCAUUUUCGCGAGAGUUUGCACGAGGAUCCCGAGGACCAGUGGGUAGGCUCGGCGUUUGAUACCGACUGCCGAUAUAAUGGGUACACGGUUUACGUACCGGCCCUGUUGUACAACUUCUCACUAGUAAACGUAGCUGGUGACGAAACGUUCCAGUUACCACAUGCCGGAGUACGUAUUAUGCGCUGCGUGUUAGAAAUGAUCCUGCACGGCGUCUUUUCUGAAAAUGCGACCGACCUGUUACCUUGGUGGCCCGAUCUCACGGGCUCUUUCUUGGGAGGCUACAAAACCUGCCUCCGCGAGUAUGGUAUAAAACCCAGGGAAGCCCUCCAAGUGUUGGCAGGCACUGCGGCAAUAAAACCAGUCUUCGAAGCCUACAAAGCAGAAAAAGGAGCGGAUAUCCGAUUUGAAAACUUUCAGACGUACAGUAGUGACCGUCUAUUCUUCGUGUACUACGCUGUCGGCUUCUGCUCGGGAAAUUCUACGGGUACCAACAUCGCAGGAUCCGAUGACGUCGAAUAUCUGACGAAUCUACCCCUCUGGAACAGCAGGUCAUUCCAAGAAACAUUUCGCUGCCCUGUGGGCUCCCGAAUGAAUCCUCGCAGCAAAUGCGUUAUUUGGCAUGAAUAAAAUUGAAUAAAAUUUGAACAUACACAUUU